CUUCAUCUCUCCGCCCAUAUAACACGGGUUAAAAUAGAGCACCUGUGCGCUCUGGAGGUUAUUAUAAACCCAUUAUAAUGUGAGCGGUACCUGUUUUAAAAAAUAAUAAGUAGAUAACCAAAUAUAAACUGUAUUAAAAGCGUGAUUAUGAAACUAACCUGGCAACCGGGCUCGUGAAAAAGCGGCGUGUUGGCGCUCGCCAACUUCCACACUUGCUGCUGAGUGGAGGGGGUUUGGUGGGAGCCAGAAUGUCACACACACGAGCAGAUCUGUAGACAAUCCAGUCAAAGUGAAGCAGAUAAACGGCAAACCAGGAUUGUUGUUGUUUUGUUUUGUUAUUAUUUUAUUUAUUUAUUUUUUUGCAUUUGAUUCCAGCGCGCGCCCCAGCACGAGACAUGAACGUGAACGAUGCCAAGGAGUAUCUCUCCAGGAGAGAAAUACCCCAGCUGAUGGAGAGUUUGCUGACGGGACUGAUGUACUACCGGCCAGACGAUCCCAUCGACUACAUGGAGUCAUGCCUGAAGAAGGUGCGCGAGCUCGGUGGGACUGAAAAAGUGAGAUGGGAUACUUUUGUAGGACAGGAGAAGAAGUCCCUGCCACCGCUCAACGGAGGCCAAUCGCGACGGUCUUUCUUCCGCAACGUGCUGCCCGACAGGUACGAGCGUCUGCCUCCCAUCCACCAGUUCUCCAUCGAGAGCGACUCGGACUUGUCUGAAACAGCAGAGCUGAUCGAAGAGUAUGAAGUGUUUGACCCCUCCAGACCGCGGCCCAAGGUCAUCCUCAUCAUCGGUGGCCCGGGCAGCGGUAAAGGCACGCAGAGCCUGAAGAUCGCAGAGCGCUACGGCUUCGAGUACGUCUCCGUGGGUGAAUUGCUCCGAAAGAAGAUGAUCCACAAUGCAACCAGCAACAGGAAGUGGAGUCUGAUCGCCCGGAUCAUUACUAAUGGCGAACUGGCGCCUCAGGAGACGACCAUCACCGAGAUCAAGCAGAAAAUCAUGAAGCUACCAGACGCCAGCGGAAUAGUCAUCGAUGGCUUCCCUCGGGACGUGGCGCAGGCGCUUUCUUUUGAAGAUCAGAUUUGUACUCCAGACCUGGUGGUUUUCCUGGCGUGCUCUAACCAGCGUUUAAAGGAGCGUUUGGAGAAGAGAGCGGAGCAGCAGGGACGACCCGACGAUAACCCCAAAGCCACCGAGCGACGCCUCGCCAACUUCAAACAGAAUGCUGUACCACUGGUUAAGUUCUUCCAGGAGAAAGGCCUCAUCGUGACGCUGGACGCAGACCGAGACGAGGAGGAAGUCUUCUCAGACAUCGGCAUGAUGGUGGACAACAAGCUUUUCCCCACCAGAGAACCCGUAGCAGGCCCGAGCGAGCUUGAUCUGAGCGUGCUAGCCGACAGCACCAGCCUGCCCGAUGCUCCGUCCAGAUUCGACGAGCAGGCUAUCAAGGAGGAGAUGGAGGAGGAGGAGGACGAGGAAGAGGCAGCGUCAGGGUACGGAGAACAUCCGGCAGAAUGUUUGCCCGUGGAGAAGAAGAAACCAAAGGUCAUCUUCGUGAUCGGUGGGCCCGGCUCAGGCAAAGCGCUGCAGUGUGAGAAGAUGGAGGAGCGUUACGGUUUGAGGCGCCUCUGUCCCGGAGACAUGCUGUGCACCGAGCUGCAGUCGCACAGCGAGCGGGGACGCUUCCUCCGAGACCUGCUCGAGAGGGGACGCCAACUUCCUGAGGACACGCUGAUGGAUUUGCUGUGCGAGUCGAUGGAGUCCACAGUGCGACGGGGGAAAGGGUUCCUGGUCAGCGGCUUCCCGCGGGAUCUGAGACAAGCGGAGGACUACGAGGCCAAGAUGGGCCAGCCCAGCACCGUCUUACUACUCGAUUGCUCGGCCUCCACCAUGACUAGACGUCUCCAGCAGAGGGUGCUGUCCAGCCUGCGCCGCACAGACUCCUGCCACCGAGAAGCCCAUCUCCGCGUGGAGGGUUUCUGCGGCACUUUGACUCCGCUCGCCACUCACUACGAAACGCUCGGGCUCCUGCACAAGAUUGAUGCAGAACAGCCCCCUGACGAUGUGUUCGAGCAGAUCUGCCUGGUCCUGGACUCGUGUUAAACACCAUGGAACUCUACAGAACACCACGCACCACUAUCCUGCACUUACUCAUCCAUCGCUCAUCCACCCACCACCAUCACAUCACGUAGGAAAAGGAACCUGGCAACAAGCUGUGACUUUACGCUCUGCUGUACAUAGCAUUCUGAUCCGAUUCGAAUCUCCUCUGCUAACGCUAGCUCUCUGUAUGAAGUGCUUUAGCUCCGCCUAGCAUGGACUGAACGAGGGGCGAGAAUUUGCGUCGCAUCACGUUAUUUCCUCUCUCCGGCUGUGUUCCGACAAACUCCGCCUCCCGUAUUAGAUCGGCUAGCAAGUACGAAGUCUUGGCGAGAUCGAAUACAGAAUGAUGAGCAACGGUGGGCGUGGCUUACAAUACUGUAAACCUGCUAGCCAAUCAUAACGCAGGAGAUUCUUUAUUGAUUUUUUUUUUUACAUGUCGGAAUACCGACCGAGGCAGGGAAACGAAGCGUCGAAGUUGUUACGGCAGCGAUCUUCAAAUUCACUGCGGAGAAUUUCAAUUCAAGUUGAAAACGAUGCUGGUGGGAAUAAUUUUUUUUCGAGCAUUAAAAGUAUAAAUUAAAACGUUUAAAUAAAACUACAAAACCUUUCUGGAAAAAAAAAAAAAAAAAAUCAAUAAAUAAAAUCAAUCAUGGAGAAGUGUCCGAUAACCAGGGUUCAAAAGAGAAAAUCUGGUUCGUCUGUAAGAGACGAAUUAUCCAUCAUCGGAGAACAGGCUUUUGAGGGGGGUAAAUAAAUAAAUAAAAAUCGCUUUUCCAGAAGUCCCAGGUUUGGUUUUGUUGUGUAAUUUUUAAACAGUUUGGCCGACCCCCGUGACUUCGUAACGCUUCUUUUGCAGAUGACGGCUAUGAGGGUUUUUUUUUUUUCCUCUCGCACUCUUAAACGAGUAACAGGUUGAAUUGUUUGUUUUUAGCAUAGACUUGACAAAACACACAAAAUUGAGUCAAGGAAGGUGUCAAGGACAUUCUAAUUAUUAUUAUUAGAUUUUCUUAAAAUAUAAUAAAUGACUUUCAGGGUAAGAGGGUUGUACGUUCAAAAUGGUGAACAUCCCAAUAUCAUUAAAAACAAAGGAAAGGGGACAAAAAAAAAAAAAAACAGACAAGAGAACCUAUUUUUCUUCUUCCCAUGAUCCCAUGACAAUGUGGGAUAUCAAACGUUUUACAGGGGGUGCACGUUUGAAUGGCGUGGGACGCUAACACGGAUAUCUAUCUAUGAAAUGUAUACUUACUGCGUAUCUGUAUUAUUACAUAUUGAUGGAGCAUCCCUCUCUCUCUCUCUCUCUGUCACUCUCAUCUCUUACUGCUCUGUAAGCAUGUCAGAAAAGCAUCAACGAUCAAUAAAACCAGUCGCUUUUGUGUAAAAAUGGAAAAGAAAAAAAAAAAAGAAGAAAAAAAAAUUCACAGGCUUCGUAUUUGUAUUUACCUGUGUCUGGCUACAGGCUUUUAAACCAUGGAGGAGUUGAGUUUCACGCUGAAAUCCUGUUAUUGUAUUUUCCUUCUGAAAUGUUUGAAUGAAAUAAAAAAUCAUUUCAUACGUUGUAAACUGGUUUGCAUGGUCGCCAUGGUUACCAUCUACAAUCCCAUUCAGACAUUUACUAUGUUUUGAACUUGUCCUUUAUAUUGCACCCCCAUCCACCAGAGUCAGAUUUAUACCAAUACAGUCACUCAUAAAAAUAAUAUUAAAAUAUUUAUUGAGGUUUAACGUUUAAUGAGGAUGGCGUUGACUAACAGCUCCAUCUUGUGGCCACGG